GCUUGUACAUGUGCAGGCCGACGUUCUGGCGGAUCAUCAAGAACAAGGACGUGGAGGAGUUCAAGUCGGACCCGUACCUAGCGACGCUGCUCAACUGCAUGCUCUGGGUGUUCUACGGCAUCCUCUGCGUCAUAUUCGGCUCGGCAAUGUACGCCUCCCCGCUCACCAUCAUGGGUAAAGUGAUCAAGACCAAGAGCGUCGAGUACAUGCCCUUCUUCCUGUCGCUGGUGAGCUUCCUCAACGGCGUCUGCUGGACGUCCUACGCUCUCAUCAAAUUCGACCUCUACGUCACGAUCCCCAAUGGCCUCGGUGCGCUGUUCGGCCUCGUCCUGUACGCCUGCUACUACAAGUCGACCCCCAAGAAGGAGAAGAACGUCAAGCUAAAAUGUGAUUGAAGGCCCGCCCGCUUCCUGGCUCCUUGACUGCAAUAACAAGUGCUAGCUACAGUAAGAACAAGGGAAUCUAGAGACCGAGACUGAAAGAAAAGGCUAGGCUACUUCUAUUCGUUAUUCGUUUCCCAUAUGAUUUUCCAUAUUUUACCAUAAAAAAUAGGAUGUUUUUAGCCAUUUAUUGUUAGUACUGAAAUCAGGCAUAAAGGAUUUUACGGGGGGUAAAGAAGUUAUUUCAACAACGUUCCUGUCAUCAAAUCCUGAUUCAACAAAGCCAUGCCAGCUGUGUUGGUCGUUCCUCCGAUUCAAAGUUCUCUUGGAUUCCAAAAAGCAUCGCUACCCGCAUACUGAAGUUGCUUAAAUCUAUUGAAUUCCACCUCUGCACCUCUUUCUUGGGGCAUAGGUGAACCUAUAAUUGAUAGUAGAGCGUAUGCUAAAUCCCCAACCCUCAUGAUGCACUUCGUUUGAUUCAUUCCGCUUAUCGUACCACUUAGAGCUUUCAAACCCUUUUCUUAGCGCUGCGGUAAUAUGUUGUUAUUUAGAAAUAGGAAUGGUAUGUUUAAUAGCUCGCAUAUGUGUGUUUCAGAUUCUAUAGUACUCGGUUCUUCUGUUCGACGAGUUCUGAUUUUCCUAGGUCUAAUAAUAUGUUUACUGGUUCGUUUUCACCGGAGGAGGCAGCUAGAAAUCCUGUUUUGUCAGUAGGUUGGCGUACAAGGAGGAUAAAGGAAAGCCCGUUUGUAGUUCAAUUCGUUAGAACCAAAUGGCACGUUGAGAAACGAGAACUUCCACAUGCCGAGCAUCAUUACCGUACUGGUGACUUCACCACCUGUUCAACUAUUAGCUUUCUUGCCUUAUCACAAUCGAAUGAAUUGAGACAACCAGAGCAACUGGAACUACUACAUCUGAGAGAGAUGAGGAACCUAACCUACGGUGAAAGCCGAAAGCCUUACGCAUUGCUUUAAGAAUGGGUCUAGCGGGCGUAUGGAAUCCGUGACCCCUAUCUCUUCACUUUCUUAAUUAUGACAGUCAAGUUGAAUCGAUUUUACGGGGUUUCUUACCCGUUUUUCCAGUCUCAGUAAAGUGCCAUCAAUUGGAUGAAAGAAUCCCGCCCUCUAGUCGAGUGUGAAGGGAGGAGAAGAGGGAAGAUGGUUAUUCUUUUUCUUCUAGGCAAGGAAUGGGUAAACGCAGCCCUGUAAGGAGUAGGUAGCUCUCAGCCCUUCCCGGUAUGUAUUCAUUGGUUGCUGUAAGCCCUACUUUCGAUCAAUAAGUAAUACGCGAAGUCGCUAGCUCCACGUGCCAUGCGCAUCCUUCUCUUAACCUUUCAAUCGAGAGUCAUCAACGCUUGCCUUGCUUUGCUUGCCCAGUCUAUUAGUAUGGCAUCCCUUCUCCUUAGUCCUCUUUGGCCCGUGUGCCGGCGCGCAUCCAGCUUUAGCAGGAGAUAGGAGUGUUUGUUCCGCUAAGGAAAGGAAGGUAUUCGUCGUAGGCGCAGAAGGUAUUCGUCGUAGGAUUGAGCUGAGCCAGGUAUGUCACAUCACAUAGCUUGCAAGCCCAGGUGAUUUCUGCAUUACCAAUCGAGCCGAGGAACCAACUUAGUAAAGAAUAACCUACUUUACUUGUUUCGUUAUGCUAUAGCCACCUAAUAAAGGGAAGAUUCCUAUCAGAAGAAGAAGAAGUUGGCAAUCUACUAAUCAAGAUCGACCAAAAUGGAUAGUUCCAUUAACUAUAUGGCAUUUCUAGCCCGAAAAGUAUGAGGUACACAUAGGUAGGGAGCAUCAUCGUACUCAAUCCUGCUUAGGUAGAGCAAGACAAACGGAUCUAUCAUUCCGCAAGAAGUGACUCGUUUCCUUUUCUGGGUAAGAAGAGGGGAGGUCCCGUCGACCAAGAAGAAUACCUUCUCCAAGCAAUCGAACUCUUCCUUUCUUUCUAUAGCCACUGUACUCCAUCGAGGAUAAGACGGAUACGCGAUUUCUGCACUUCCUCCGCUUGCCCCUCAGUGGAUAGCACUUUCUUUCGAGAAAUUGGCAGGGACUGCGUACCAUUAAAGGGAGUCAGUGGGCACCGUAAGUAGUAAUCGAGAACUUGAUGAACAUACCAACCAGUAUGUGAAUCCGUAAAACAAGUGGAGGUUUUUCUUCCUUCCCCGAUAUCCCUCGCUCUACCCAACUAUCUAUAAUGGGGCAGAGAAGGAUAAGCAAAGUAGGCGCACGAAUAUUUAUUAAUUAAGAGUUUUCGAGACUUCAUUCUCUUUUUAGUUUUGACUCUGGGUCCGGUACAGGUUGACGCGGAGGAUAGGGAUGGGAAAAGAAGCCCUAGCUUUGGGAAAGACCGGAUCAUAACAUGAAUUUCAGGGCAUACUUAGUAGAUGCAGAUCUAGGUACUCUUUCUUCCCCAGAUGGGGAAUGGGCCAAGCCGAUCCGUUGUUGGCUCUGAAAGUGCAUUUGCUAGUUCGAAAGAAGCUGAAUCCGGGUGCAAAUGGGAUUCCAAAUGAUUCUUAUGUUUCGUAGCAUGCUGCGCAGACUCACUUGGUAAAUAGCCUUCCCUAAAAGAGGCAAGGUGCUCACACAUGAAAUUCCCUUUUGAAGGAUAUCCUAUUUUACUUUUAUGCCAUACUUGGGCAAAGCCAUCGAGACUAUAUCCAUCACCAGGAAGAAGAGAAGCGAAGCCAUAAUUUCUUUAGGAUAAGCCUGAGAUAUCUAGUACAGUAACAGUGGUCGAAUUGCUGCAUAGCCCCCCCUAAUACGAAUUUGGCAAAUCCUCGUUCUAAAGUUAGCGCACCAUUGAGGUAAGUAAAUAUUAGUAGGCACACAGGCAGCCCGUUGCAAGGAAGGAAAGAGCAAGAGCUAGGGCUAAGUGCUCGAGUUACGGUUGUUGACUCGGAAUUGUAAGCCGAAGAAGCAUUCCUGUGACCUGGCCGUAUGAAUGGUUUCUUUCUCAAUACCAGAGCUAAAUAAUUAGGCAUCAAAAUUCAAAGAAGGUUUGCCUUCACUUCAACCUUAACCAUUGACGGAAGAUUCAUACCUAUGAAUAUUCCCCUCCUCAUUUGCUGAAAGCACUUCCUAUAGCGAACCAGGCAAGGAACAUAUCGAGUAGGCUAGUACCAAUUCCUCCACAUCAACAGCAAAAUAGGCAUAUGAAUCUUAAGUAGGAAAUUCCUUCAUCUCAGAUGAGGUAGGUAAUCUACCAGAAUUUAUUUCCAUUUCCAGGUAAGAUGAGCGGAGACGAGUUUAUCAGCACCGAUACCCCCACGCAUCGUGGCCGGUUCCCUCGGGGGUAGAAACUUAGCUUGGAGAAAGAUCCCGUUGAUCUUCGGGCUGGCCCUUGCCUAUUGAAAGUAUGGUGUCUCAUAAAUGCUUUGUUAAUGCCUCUUAUUCGUAGGAUCGGUCCAAAGCGCGGCUGAGUUGACGUUGAUAGACUUGUGCGUGCUCUGCCGCUCGUAACCUUUUUUUUCUCCCAUCGAUCGAAUCGAGGAGGUCAAGUUUCGAGAGCCUCUCGCUUCUGAUUAUCAGUCAUAUCGUCGUCGAGCAGAACGCGCAGGGAAGGAAUCGUCGAGUUCACUGGGAAGAAUGGCGUCCAUGCCAACGACUAAGGAGAAGGGGACCAGUGGCUAUACAGAUUGACGUCCGAUAAGCCCAGAGAGCCUCAAGAAGGCGAUCUGGCCAGUCUCCUCCGACUCAAAAGUGUUUGUAGCUAUGGUAUGGGUCUGGUCUGAAGACCAAUGGGUCAAAAAAGGGGAUAUCCUCUUCUUUGGCUACACCAACUAAUGUAGUAGAUUGCGUUCCCGGAGGACACUUUCUCCAUUUCGUCGGUACUGGUAACAACGGAUCUUGACCUCGUUUCUUUUUCUUGUUAUUUGACUUCUUGGAAUGGAAUUCUUCUCAUGAUAGUCACACAAGCGAAGGAGAAGAGGAUGGGUCCCGAGGGAACUCUUUUUCUUCUAUUCUAAGUUUUGAUUGCACGAGCAGCAUAACAACAUAACAGUUUUGUGUAAGGAAGUAAGGAAAGACUCCUUUCUUAAAUUUAAGGACUUAAUUAGCCUGUCGUAUAUAACAGAUAAUGAGUCUCAAAGAGAGUUUCCAAUGGGUUACAUCAAGUUCCAUUCCCAGUAUGCGAAAUCAGUAAACACGAAUAUCUGUAUAUAAGAAACUUCUAUUCCAAUCCACAAUCGGUCCAACAAGGCAACUGUCGUCAACUAGAUCAAUCAGGAAUAAGCAAUAUGUCGUACCCUAUCUGUCAUAUUUGCUUUUCGGUAAAGGGUACACACUACUUUAUUUUUACUUAUUCAAUUCUCUGUCUUGCUAAACACAAAUCCUUCUUUUCUUGUAUAGACGAAAUAAAAAUGAGAACUAAGUAGGUUUCGACCCAUUAAAGGAGUCAAUGGCACGCACACAAAGCAGGAGGAAAUCGGUACCCCGCGAGGCUGGCGAAGUCGGCACAAGAAGUAGGCGGAGUAGAGGCAGCAGUUGCGGGCUCAGGUGCGGCUAAAUCGCAAUCAAUAUUCCCGUCUGGGGUUGGCGGAGUUGGUAGAAAGCACGGUUGGCGAUAAGCUGGUACUAGUUUCAUUCUUUCUAUUCCAAAAUCCAAUACCCGGAACUGGUAAAUCAAACAAUGUAGGCACACGUUGGCACAGUUCUGUAAAUAAGAGAUGUCUCAUCCGGUUGAGCUGUCGCAAUCAGUCUUUCUCUUCCUUUCUUAGUAGCAGAUCCAACAUGACUGUAUUAAACCUUAAGCAAUCAGGGUUAAGCUAGCUCAUUGCCUGAAAGUGGAGCUCGUAUUAUACACCUUGACCCCCACCUUUUUUGAAUCCUUCCUCCAUAUAUAUUGUUAUAUAAGAAAAGUCCCAUAACUGCCUCAUUCAGAUCGAUUCCAGUCGCCGCUACGGUCACAUCAAUCCGUUAUGGCUCGGACCCUCUUAGCAGCUGGAUCCUUCGGGAAGCCAUAGUAGGGAUUACGUCAGUACAUUCUUAGGCGAGCAGUGGGUUAUAUCACCCCUAUUUUGUUUUGGACCUUAUUUCUUUUUUAGGCAUGGGACCAAACCAAGGUUGAUCGAAGUUGAACAUUCCUAUGGAACUCCCCUUCAGACGACUUCUCUGCGCUUGCCCAGCACCUUUCGUUUUAUGGACCAGGACCAAUUUCACCUCAGACCAUGGUCAAGUCAUAACUGACUGGAUAACGUUCUCUCAAGGACCUGCAAAACUCUCUAAUGCGGAUGAUCAAACGUUGCUUCAGAUGUGUAUGAGAAGGAAGCGUCUCACAGGACUCUUAGAUAGAAACCAGCAUAGUCUAUGAAUUAGCAUGAACAGUUUAUUGAACUUGGUUGCACUCGUAAAGCGAGCGUGAAGAGAGCAGCGAAAGAAGCCCACGGAACGGAGCGGUUAUUUUUCCUGACUAGCAAGUGGACAGGCUCAGAUGGCGUAGCUGAUGUGUCAUGCUAGGUAUCUUUUAUUGGCCAUUUUUUGAUUUCUCUCAAGGGAUUGAAGACUUUCCUCUAUACUGACAGAAGCAGAGAGGCUGGUAAAAAAGAAGGAAGCAGGCCUGGGUACACAUGGUAAUAGAACCCACUGGAGAUCAUUCAAUCGGACGUCUUCCACAAAGUAAAACUAGAGUAAGUGGCGUAAGAUAAGAUAAGAUAGAUGUUCACUUUCAUCGACCAAUGUACCUGAAAUUCCUAUACGUAAAGUCGAGAGCUAGAGAGAGUAAAUGAGACGUUCAAAGGGUGAAGCUAACGCUUCCCUGGCCACUAGGGAGUCAUCAAAGUCUGAGUCCAUACACUUGCUAGCUAAUACUGGAUCGUCAAAGAUCUGAUUCUAUUUCAUAAUACCUUCUGUCUCUCUCCUAAGGGAUCCAAUCAGAAGGAAUUCCCUCGCUUCGCUCAUGAUAGUCGGUCGAGUUCCCUUUUCCUUUUUUGUUGAGUUUCGCCUCUCCUCCUUUCCUUGUCUCCAUUCUGAUUGAUUCGCUUCUUCGCGCAAGCACUUGGUUCGCCCCUUACUAUAACCAUCCCACUCAAUCUUUUACACCGAUGUUUCGUACUCUCUCGACCAGGUCAUCAUAAGAAAAUACUGCCAAAUCUUUCCGAAAUGAGAGAAGGAGGGAAGGCGCGCUACAACUAACUGCUGAAAAACGCAAGAUUAGCGCUAAGAAGCAACCCUAGUUUAAGUACUAGCGUCCCACCCCAACGUUCUUGUACUUCAAAAUACUCUCCCCCGCUUGCUGCUCGCCUCAGCCAGACGUGGCUUAUGUAGUGGUCGGCAUUCCUACGUGCUCCGACUGAUCCCCACUGGAGAUUAUAUGAGGGGUCUUGGAAACUGUCGUGACGCUUUGGUGACGAAGGUCACCGG